AUGUCUACCUACGCUUUGUCGACCAGCCACAAGGAGAUGCUUGAGAAGUCUCUUCUCGAGUCUGACCCCGAGGUCGCCUCCAUCAUGAAAGAUGAGGUCCAGCGUCAGCGCGAGUCCAUUGUUCUCAUCGCCUCCGAGAACAUCACCUCCCGUGCCGUCUUCGAUGCCCUAGGCUCUCCCAUGUCCAACAAGUACUCCGAGGGCUACCCCGGUGCUCGUUACUAUGGCGGCAACCAGCACAUUGACCAGAUCGAGCUGCUCUGCCAGCGCCGUGCUCUUGAUGCCUUCCACCUCGACCACGAGAAGUGGGGUGUCAACGUCCAGUGCCUCAGUGGCAGCCCUGCCAACCUGCAGGUCUACCAGGCCAUCAUGCCUCCCCACGGCCGUCUCAUGGGCCUCGAUCUGCCCCACGGUGGCCACUUGAGCCACGGCUACCAGACUCCCCAGCGAAAGAUCUCUGCUGUCUCUACCUACUUCGAGACCAUGCCCUACCGUGUUAACCUCGAGACUGGUAUCAUCGACUACGACCAGCUCCAGCAGAACGCUAUCCUGUACCGCCCCAAGGUUCUUGUUGCCGGUACCUCCGCCUACUGCCGUCUGAUCGACUACGAGCGCAUGCGCAAGAUUGCUGACUCCGUCGGUGCCUACUUGGUUGUCGAUAUGGCUCACAUCUCUGGUCUCAUCGCCGCUGAGACUAUUCCUUCCCCCUUCCUGUGGGCUGAUAUCGUCACCACCACCACCCACAAGUCCCUCCGUGGUCCUCGUGGCGCCAUGAUCUUCUUCCGCAAGGGCGUCCGCUCUGUUGACGCCAAGACUGGCAAGGAGACCCUCUACAACCUUGAGGACCCCAUCAACUUCUCCGUCUUCCCUGGUCACCAGGGUGGUCCUCACAACCACACCAUCACCGCUCUGGCUGUUGCCCUCAAGCAGGCUCAGACCCCCGAGUUCAAGGCUUACCAGGAGAAGGUUGUCUCCAACGCCAAGACCCUCGAGGUCAAGUUCAAGGAGCUCGGCCACAAGCUCGUUGCUGACGGCACCGACAGCCACAUGGUCCUCCUCGACCUUCGUCAGUUCAACCUCGAUGGUGCCCGUGUUGAGGCUGUCCUUGAGCAGAUCAACAUUGCCUGCAACAAGAAUGCCAUUCCCGGAGACAAGAGCGCUCUGACUCCUUGCGGUAUCCGAAUUGGUACCCCUGCCAUGACCAGCCGUGGUUUCGGAGAGAAGGACUUUGAGCGCGUCGUCGAGUACAUUGACCAGGCCAUCAAGAUCUGCGUUGAGACCCAGGCUGCUCUGCCCAAGGGUGCCAACAGACUCAAGGACUUCAAGACCGAGGUUGCCAGCGGCAAGAUUGCUAAGAUCAACGACCUCCAGAAGGAGAUUGCUGCUUGGACUAGCACCUUCCCUCUCCCCGUUGAGGGCUGGCGCCUGGAUGCUGGCAUCUAA